AGGCUCAGGCGCGUGGACACAGACUGGACUGCUGCACGCGCUCUCACGACGAGUCACGACGAGUCCCGACCAGUCCCGAACGCCCCACCGGACUCCAGCCCGUCAGACAGAGGGUAGAGAACCCUACACACCAGACCGUUUUGUCCGUGGUCCAGAGGACACAGAGCAGGGAUGACGGCUCUGAGCAGCUGGGAGCUGUGCGUCAAAUAUGCCCUCUUCAUCUUUAACUUCGUCUUCUGGUUGGCAGGGACUGCAGUGCUGGCUGUGGGACUAUGGCUACGCUUUGACUCCAGGACCGUAGGGCUGUUUGAAGGAGAAGACUCACCCUCAGUCUUCUUCACUGGUGUGUACAUCCUGAUCGCUGCAGGGGCUCUUAUGAUGGUGGUGGGCUUCUUGGGAUGCUGUGGAGCCAUCAAAGAAUCGCCAUGCAUGCUGGGAUUGUUCUUCCUCUUUCUGCUUGUUAUCUUUGCUGUGGAAGUGGCUGCUGGGAUCUGGGGCCUCUCCAACAAGGACAGGGUGGUGGAAGAUGUUACAGAGUUUUACAAGGAGACCUUCAGCAACUACAAAGCCACCAGACAGGAGGCGCUGAAGGAGACCCUACGCCUCAUCCACUUUGGACUCGACUGCUGUGGUACCACAGGGACGGUCUUUGACGCUGCCAAAGACAUCUGCCCCAAGGACGGACUGGAUGCCUUCAUCACCAAGGCCUGUCCAGCUGCCAUCGAUGAGGUGUUCAACAACAAACUACACAUCAUUGGAGGAGUUGGCAUUGGAAUUGGAGUCAUCAUGAUCUUUGGGAUGAUCUUCAGCAUGAUGCUGUGCUGUGCCAUUAAGAGGUCGAGGGACUUUGUCUAAACACAGACGCACAAAUCCCUCCUUAUGUGUCUAUAUUUUACCCACAUCUGCUUCAGAAUUUAUCAGUUUAAUAAUGACUGUAGUUUUUUGGUUUACUGCUCGGAUCCAUACUGGAUGACCACAUGGAGCUGUGAGAGUAUGGGUUCUGUACAAUGGAGCUUCAAGUUUUCUUCACUCCUGACAAUAUGUUUGUUCCCACUGUAAAUUGAGCUAGAAGAGCGUUUUUUUAUUUUUUUUUAUUUCACCUUUCUGUUUUCACGAAUGUAUAUCAGCAUCACAAAUUGUUUGAUUAAAUGAGGCCUUUGACUCUGCUACCCCCAGAGAACCUUGAAUCUCUUCUGGAAAAUCAUUUUUCCUUUUCUUAGCUCAGCUUUAAUUCAGCUUGUUUAAAAUGUGAUACAAUUUCCCUGUGAUGAAGUGGAAUCUAACGGGCAUAUUUGCAGCUAAAUUAUUUGACCGUUCAAUUCAUUUUUACUUUGUUCAUUCAUAUUAGCUUUUCAUUUUUAUAAAACCAUAAGUUUUUAAUGCAAAUACAUUAAUGAAUGCAGUUAAAAUAUCUGUAUGAUGCCAAAUAAAUUAACUAAUAAACAAUGAUUUGUGUUAAAAUUA